AUGAAAGUUGUGCUGCUGGCAUCUCUUGCUUUGAUUUUUUGCAUUCAUGCUGUGGGAGCUACCUCCUCAUCAUCCGAUCUUGGAGUGAAGAGCUAUUGCAUAAAUGAAUUGGAUUCUAGUUUUAUUAAUAAAUGUCAUCGGCAAGUGCCAUCAAACUUUUUGACAAUGUUGGCCAACUUUGCUGUUCAGUGGAUCAACCCCAGAACGUUGGCUAUCAGUGCUGUGUUUUUCCUCAUUAUUCUUCCUGUUUUACAAUUUGCUUCAAUCAGAAGAGAAUCCGGUGUUGUCCAACAUGUUCUUUCCAAGUUUUUACACAACAAAAUUGUUAUUUUGAACUUCUUGCAUCGAGUUUGUUACACUCUUGUUCUGGAUGUAGCUCUCUAUGCAGUUUUUAGACAAAUGAGACCUUGCAGCUGCACCACAGACGGAGGAAAGUCAUUUCUUCAUUUUGGGAGUAGAUAUGGUAUGCCCUCGGGAGAUGCCAUGUCAGGAGCCAUUUUCGGAGUUUUUCUUUUUGACAUUGCCCCUUAUCAUGGUUGGAUUGCCAGAGCCUUUGGUAUCAUUGUUAUUCCGUUGAUUUGUUUGGAGAGAGUGGUUCUUGGAUAUCACACGAUUGCUCAAGUAACUGUUGGUUCUAGCUUGGGAAUAUUAUUGCACUAUUAUUCUUCUAGAGCUCCUCAAUUUAUGAUCUUUUUUGAUGGAAUUAUUCAAAUUAUUGCAGGUGCUAUUCUUCUUCAACUAGAUCCUUCCUUGAUUUACGAGAAAGAUUCUAUGAAUAAUUUAUUUUCGUGGUAUGUGUGGGGAGUGUCUUUCCAAAUUUAUGUGUUCAUGGAAAUCGGCCGUUAUUAUUUCAACAAGAAAAAUAUUCACAAAAUUCGAUUUAGUUUGCAACAUUUAAUUGCCACUAAACAAAUUGGAGAGGAAGUGGCAGAGCACUCAAUUGAUGUUGACCAUGAAAAAGAUACAAAAUAUCUUAAUGCACAAAUGGACGUGACAAGAUUAACUGAUUUUGGUUUUACUUGCAUUUCCUUCACUCUAAUGCUACUAGUCAAUUUCUUUUCUACAGGUAUUGGGCAAGAAGGGUGGCUCACUAAAAUCCACUAG